CUGGCCCUCUCUGAGUUCCAGUUUUGACACUGGCUCUUUCUCCUUCCCUGGGUCUCUCUCUCCUGGACUAAAGAACCUACAGAAAAGCCCCUUCAUCUGUGUGGGAUGUAAAGGAGGACUGGAAACAUCAGAAAAGAUGUCUGAGGUUUGAGAGGAAAAGGAGGUGAUUAAAGAGACGAAGUUGCAGAGCAGAGCAAGCAUCAGUCAGCUCCCUGAUCCUGUCAGCCAUCCAGCUCCACAGCUUUGUCCUUCAGGCACCAUGAGGAGCGCCAUGCUGUUCGCGGCUGUCCUCGCCCUCAGCUUGGCUUGGACCUCCGGGGCUGUGUGUGAGGAGCCGCACGGGCAGGGAGGGAGGCUCAGUAAGGACUCUGAUCGCUAUCCGCUACCUCCAUCCCUGCUUCGGAGACUCUACGACAGCCGCCCUGUCUCUCUGGAAGGAUUGCUUAAGGCGCUGAGCAAGGCCAGCGUGGGACCGAAGGAGACAUCACUUCCACAGAAACGUGACAUGCACGACUUCUUUGUGGGACUUAUGGGCAAGAGGAACAGCCAGCCAGACACUCCCACUGACGUGGUUGAAGAGAACACCCCCAGCUUUGGCAUCCUCAAAUAGGCCCCCAGUGCAGAAAAGCACUCUACUCCUGGACCCCGGAUUGCAUCGUUAAGACACGGUCCCCGUGGCGGUCCCAGUGCCUGUGCUCCUGCUUCCUUUUCUCUUCCCUUGCCUGUAAGGGCCUCCUGUUGGCUCCCUUCCCGCCUCAGCACAGAAGCUGCAUAUGCACAGCCUCAACCCCGCAUCCAUUAUGGUUUCUGUAGUGCCCUGCAUUAAAAACACAAUAUCUCCUCUUCAACAAUAAAAGAUUUUUACAAAGGA